AUGCUGAAAGAACAUGAACCUUGGUUGAAGGACCCAUUAAAAGAAGCUUAUGUUCUACUGUGCCAAAAAGAAAUCGACAUGCAACUUGUGAGUGUUAACUGUCCGCAAAUUGCUUGGCUACCACCUACACCAUCAGUUGAGUACCAAUGUGGCAUUAUCAAGAGUAACCACAACUAUAUGCUCCUAUGCCCAGCUACAAUCGCUCUCGUCCAAAAACUCUGGUCUUUGAUAGACUCUGCUCCUCUCUCAGAGGUUCAUCUCAUUAACUAUGCUCUCAACUGUCUCCCCAGGUCUUUCAAAUCGCCUGAAGAAAAAGCUCAUGGUCAAAUCCUCAUUGACCUUGCAGCAAAAUUCUAUGCCACAAAACCAAUCCGCUCCCACCACAUCCCGCCACCUACCCAAGAACCUGUUCUUGGUGAUCUGUUCUCCCAUCUUCUCUCUAAAAUUUUCAUCAUUCCUCAUCAACCCCCUCCAUCUGUGCCCACCCAAAAUUGUGCCUAG